AUGCCUCGCUCUCAUGUUAAAAACUCCCAGGCCUACCCGCAUGAUUCCUCCAAAAAAAGUUGGUAUCUUCCCGAAGAUUGUAUCGAGUAUUCACUCAUCUAUACCGAUGCUACGCCCCUCUCAUCCAGCGAGCUGCUCGCACGUUACGAAGAGGUGCGUCAGGAUUCAGUUCGAAUGUCAAUUAGCGUAGUGAAAGACUAUAUCUGGCAUAGGGAGGCUUUCCAGCUUAAUGUUUUAACCAAAAAUGGUCGUACAUUCCUUCAUGGAUUGACCAAUUAUGGUGAUUCAGUCGAAGAUGAAUGGCUAAUUGUUUACCUCGUGAAAGAGUUAAGUAGAAAAUUUCCAGAUUUAUGGGUGAGAGUGGUAGAUAAUGAUGGCGAGUUCUUGCUUGCUGAAGCUGCAAACGUUCUACCGACUUGGCUCAAUCCUGAAGUAGCUGAGAAUCGGAUUUGGAUUCACAAAAAUAAGCUCUAUAUUAUUCCUUUGAGUCCGACAUACCACACAUCAGAUGAUACUCCUACUGUUGCGGUCCAUAGAGUCCUGAAUUUUGACGAAGCACUUCAAACUAUAACUUUAUACCCAGAUCUCCUCAUUAAUUCACCUCUUAUUGAAGAAGAAGCAUUCUACCGGCUUCGGAAUUAUCCAUCACAAAUAUCUGACUCUAUGCAUCAUGCAAUAAUUUACAUUCCAAGAAAACUAGCUCACAUUCUUCACCAGUUACCUUGUGCUGUAUCCUCAGCGGUUGAAUCUUUCUAUCUUCGGGACCCAAUUAGCCUAAAGACUCUUCAGAAGGACUCAACAAAUCUUAUAUUUUCUCCCACAGACUUAGUCUGCGUUUCAGUUCAAUUUUCAAAAUUGCUUUUCGCGCAAAUUAAGCAUCAAGAAUUUUUGCCCCCACUAGCAUGGAAAAAACUAAAUCUAUCCACUGAAAAAAAAGAACUUGAAUACGAAAGAAUUAAUCUUGGAAUGAAGCUCACUUCGGGAUUCGAAAUGCUUGUUCAGGAUCCCAUGAACACUAACAAAAGUAUUGUUCAUGAUAUCAAGAUUUUGUUAGAAGAGAUCGAGAAAAAUACUGACCUAACCCUCCCCUCUGAUGCCGAGAUUUCGCAAUGGGUUGGGGUAUCCAGGGAUGACGACGAAUCUUGGAUUGAUAUUGAUUUUAAAAUUUUAGAACAAGAAUUCAAUGGUAAAACAGAAUGCAAAAAAUCAAAUGAGAGUCCUGAGCCAAUAGUAAAACCUGGACUGGGAAAUUUAAAGGCACAUGAAGAUCUUAAAGAAAUGGUUGCACGUUUUGAAUCAUUCCUAAAUGAUGAUAAAGCUGUUCUCGACGAAGAAAAAUUUGAAGAUAUGGAUAAUGACAAUGACAGUGAUGAUGAUGAAACAGACAGUCAUCUGGAGGAUAGUGAAGACGAAGGCGAAGAUAAAGCCGUAAGCUUUGAUGAGAAUGAAUUUAACCGUAUGAUGCGGGAGAUGAUGGGCAUACCAAUGGAGGCUGUUGAUCCGUUGAGCCAAUCAGAUAUGACGAAGAAAAAUUCUGUCCAUGGUCCAGACAGUGAUCAGGAAAGAACGUGCGAAACACAAGAAAUUCAAGAGGUGAUGAAUAGAGUAGAAAAAGAACUUCUUGAGGCUGGCAUUCUCAAGAGCGACACCAAAUUUAGAGGAGAUAUUGGUUCAGAAAGUGCUGCAAUAGAAAAAUUUGGAGUUGAAAGUGACAACGAUCAGAACAGUGAGGUCGAUAGCAACACUACAGCCGACGUUGAUUUUGUUCUGGCUAAGAAUCUCCUCGAGAGUUUCAAGGCUCAGGCAGGCUUGUCGGGCCCUGCAAGCAACUUGUUUGGAUUAAUGGGAAUAAAACUUCCUCGAGACGGCGAUGAAGCGAAGUAA